AUGGGUGGCCAAGGCGAUCCACAAUGUGUGCACCAGAAAAGGUAAACCCAACUGCCGUAGAGCACAGCAAUGGGGUCACCAACACCAUCAACAUACCUGUUCACCUCCUCCCCCGGAUGGAGAAUUCCCACUUCAUCUCAAACCUUCAUCCAGCCGUCAAAAUUCUCUUUUGAAAACCCUCUUUACCUCAAGAUCACUGAAACUCCUCUUCUCAAAUCCACAAACCACUAUCUUCUCAGAUCCCCUAGACCAGCAACAAGAGGCACCCUUAAUGACGAAGGCCAAAGUACCAUUACCAGUACCACCCCUCUUGUUGUUCAAGAAGAAGUUGAACUACUCAAUAAGGAAGUUGAGGAGAGUGUGAAAGUGCUGAAAAAUGCAGCAAAGACGAGAAAAGUUGCUGCAGAGGAGAUUCUGGCUGCUUUAUCUGUGAUUGAGAAGGCGAAACUUGAUCCUUCCCAGUUUCUCGAGACUCUAGGGGGAUCAAAAUCCCCUGGGAAUACCUGGAUGCUUAUAUUCACUGCUGAGAAACGGCUAGAGCGUGGUAAAUACUUCCCCAUUACUGCUGUUCAGAGAUUCGAUGCAGCUGCGAAGAGGAUCGAGAAUGGAGUUUAUCUGGGAUCUCUAGGAUGCUUAACAUUCGAAGGGAGGAUCUCAUGGAACACAAGAAUACUUGCAUUUAUAUUCGAGUGCAUUUGGAUAAAAUUUGGACCUUUUAAGCCAUUUGAGAUAAAUUUUGGAGGAAAAGAUGACAGAGAGCCAAGCAACAAGGAUCCUUUCUUCAUCUGGUUUUAUAUUGACGAGGAAAUAGCUGUUGCUCGGGGCAAAAGUGGGGGGACUGCUUUUUGGGUCCGAUGUAAGCGAAUCGCCGGUUAUUCCUUUCUUUCCAUGUUUUAGUUGUAUAUGCAUACAUGGAUGAUCCUAGAAGCAUGGAAAUUUGUUGUGUUACACUCUGAUGAUGCACAAAUUAGUUUUAUAUACCACUUGUCAAGUAAUUAGUAAUU